GCCGUCCUGCAGGUCCGCCAUAUUGUUUGCUGAAGCUGCCGCUGAAGCUACCGCCGCUGCUGCCGCUGCCGCGGCCAAGUCUAAGCGUGCGGAGCCGCAAUGGAGACCAUGGCGAGCCCAGGGAAAGACAAUUAUCGAAUGAAGAGCUAUAAGAACAAUGCCCUAAACCCUGAAGAAAUGAGGCGAAGAAGAGAGGAAGAAGGCAUUCAGCUCCGAAAGCAGAAGCGGGAGCAACAACUUUUUAAAAGGAGAAAUGUGGAACUGAUUAAUGAAGAAGCUGCCAUGUUUGAUAGUCUCCUCAUGGACUCCUACGUGAGCUCUACCACUGGGGAGAGUGUGAUCACAAGAGAGAUGGUGGAGAUGCUCUUCUCUGAUGAUUCUGACUUGCAAUUAGCAACCACACAGAAAUUUCGGAAACUGCUCUCCAAAGAGCCUAGUCCUCCAAUAGAUGAAGUUAUCAACACUCCAGGAGUAGUUGACCGGUUUGUGGAAUUUCUGAAGAGGAAUGAGAAUUGUACGUUACAGUUUGAAGCUGCCUGGGCUCUAACAAACAUCGCCUCUGGAACCUCUCAGCAGACGAGAAUUGUUAUUGAAGCAGGAGCUGUCCCGAUUUUUAUAGAGCUGCUUAACUCAGACUUUGAGGAUGUACAGGAACAGGCAGUCUGGGCUCUGGGAAACAUAGCUGGAGACAGUUCCGUUUGCCGAGAUUACGUCCUGAACUGUUCCAUCCUUAAUCCUUUGUUAACACUCCUUACCAAGUCCACAAGACUGACAAUGACACGAAAUGCAGUUUGGGCCCUGUCAAACCUUUGCCGAGGGAAGAACCCACCUCCAGAGUUUGCAAAGGUCUCUCCUUGUUUGCCUGUAUUAUCUCGCCUGCUCUUCAGCAGUGAUUCAGACUUGCUGGCAGAUGCUUGCUGGGCUCUCUCUUACCUGUCUGAUGGCCCCAACGAGAAAAUCCAGGCGGUCAUAGACUCUGGAGUCUGCCGGAGAUUGGUAGAGCUUCUGAUGCACAAUGAUUACAAAGUGGCUUCUCCCGCUCUGAGAGCUGUGGGUAACAUCGUCACUGGGGAUGACAUCCAGACACAGGUCAUUCUUAACUGUUCAGCCCUCCCUUGCCUCCUCCACUUGUUGAGCAGCUCCAAGGAAUCAAUUCGAAAGGAAGCUUGCUGGACCAUUUCAAACAUCACUGCUGGCAACAGGGCUCAAAUACAGGCUGUCAUAGAUGCAAAUAUCUUCCCUGUGUUGAUUGAAAUCCUUCAGAAAGCAGAGUUCCGUACAAGAAAAGAAGCAGCCUGGGCCAUCACCAAUGCCACAUCAGGAGGAACCCCUGAGCAGAUUAGGUACCUGGUGUCACUGGGCUGCAUCAAACCCUUGUGUGACUUGCUGACCGUAAUGGAUUCAAAGAUUGUACAAGUGGCCCUCAAUGGACUAGAGAACAUCCUGCGGCUUGGAGAGCAAGAGAGCAAGCGGAGUGGCUCAGGGGUCAAUCCCUACUGUGGCCUCAUUGAGGAAGCCUAUGGCUUGGAUAAAAUCGAGUUUCUUCAGAGCCAUGAGAACCAGGAGAUCUACCAGAAGGCCUUCGACCUCAUUGAGCACUACUUUGGUGUAGAAGAUGAUGAUGGCAGCCUUGCUCCUCAAGUAGAUGAAGCACAGCAACAGUUCAUCUUCCAGCAGCCUGAGGCCCCCAUGGAGGGCUUCCAGCUAUAAUGUCUGCCUCCGGGGAGGGGAGGGGAUGGGAAGCACCACCAGCCAGUGGUAGAGCAGCCCUCUGGUGGGCAGGAAGCCGGCCCCCACCAUCACCUGCUGCCCUGGAGACUGUGCUCCGGACCUGCUCCGCCCCCUUCCCUGGAGGGAGGCCCUCUGGACAGACAGAACCAUCUGAGGCUCACAUUUGGGUUUUGUGACAAAAGGGGACAUGUUACGGUUUUCUUCCUUACACUAUAUUCUGGCUGCACACGUGUCUUUAACCCGGGAGCCUAGGGAUAGACAAAGGAGGACUGAGGUAAUCAUUUUGCACCUUUCUUUUCUGUUUUGUUUUUCUUUAAUGGCGACUUCCUUUCUUUUAUUUCCCUUCAUCCUUCCCAGUCCUCUGCCCUGAUUAAUGUAACUCUUAUUUUGGGUACGUGAGCAGAUGGAAUAUUCCAGACGUGGGAGGGGAGUGGAGGGGAGAAAUCCAAAACAAAGUGUUCUUGCUCUGACGGAAUAUUAAUCUUGUAUGCUUGGAUUGAGUUAUUUAAUUUUUUUUCUUUUGCACAUUUUUCUUGUAUAUUAAGGUUACUCUUCCCAAGAGCUGUGAGUUUCUGGUUUUAGGAAUCCCAGCUGCCAGCACUGUCUGGGACUAGGGGCUGACGGGGAGGCCACCAUGAGACAAAGGCCCCUUCUCUCUCACCCUUUUCCCAGACCUCUUGAAUUCGGGAUACACCCUCAUUCUCCUGGGCCAAGUACACCAGUGGGAGUGGAGGGGAGGAGUACAGGCUUUCAGAUAGGGCUUCUUAUGUGUAGCUACUGACCCCAUGUUUCCUACCCACCUUCCAAAUGGUGCAACCCAAUUUCAUUUUUUACUUGAAAAUUGCCCUCAGAGUUAAUGAACCUCUGAGGUGACUGUAUUUUCUCCUAAGCUUAAGACAGGGGGCUGUGAUCCCACCUUUCUUCUGAGGAGAAAGUUCUUGCUCUGGUGACCUGUAAGUUGCAGAGGAAGUUGAAGUGAGACUGCCCAGUAUUGGGAUAGUCAAGGAUCCCUGCCUUUGGCCUUUCUUCCUCUUCCAUAGUUGGAUCAUGUAUAUUUUACUUCCAAAGGAGAGAAUGUCAAAACGUUCUGUAUUUUUUUAUAUUCUAUAUAGUAGGUAGGGUAAUCUUAAUUGGUCUUAAGAGGAGGAACUGUCUAUAAUUUUUGUGAGUAGGAUACUGUGAGGAAGACCAAAAAGAUACAUGGAAGCUCCCCCUCUCAGAAGGGCUGAGCUUGGUCCUAGGCCAAGACCUGGGACCAACCCCAAGCUCUACAUCCUUUAAGCAGAUCAACCACCAGGGUCUAUUGUUUCUAUAUAUGAAGGGGGCAAGGAUGGCCUCAGGGCCUAGUAAAAUCUGCCUAGCUAGUCCGUCCUGCUGAGCAUCCACUUAUUUCAGGAAACCUAGAAAGUAGUCUGCAUUCCCAAAUACGGUUUCAAAGGCUGUUACCCACCUACAUUGUCACACACAGCUGCCUCUUCUCUUAUAAAGAAACAGCAGUUCUUGUGAGAGCUGUUGGUAUCUUCCCUGGUGGGGAUCCUUGGCCCUGUUUGGGGUUUUCCCUUCCUUGUGACAGUUCUAAUCCAGAUGCCUUUUCUCCUGAGUAAAGCCAUUGCAAUGCCCAGUGGCUUGCCUGUGCCUCUGGCUGGGUUACCCGUGAUA